GCAACGCAUGGCUGAUGAUGUGGGUUGAGAUAGUGACAAGGAUUGUUUGUGGGCGCCUGACCAGACCAACACCAACUCACCAACGCCCCAACUAGUCCAAAAUAGUGCCAUGACGGCAGCGCGACUGAGACUGCUAGCAAAGCUCAGCAGUAAACCCAUGAAGCUUGUUAUACCUGCAGGAGGAAAGUAUAUUUGUAUGUAGUAAGGCCACAGACCUCGAAGCAUACUGCUUCUACUGCUAUUCGGACUCUAUCACCGGAGCCAAAACCUAACAUGAACCUCCAAACUUCCUUCUCACCGGUCAUACCAAUCGCAUAUCUCGCGACCGCGAGCUUGGCUUUCUACCUUCUCUUGAAUCUUCCACAAAGGAUACGAAAUGUUUGCUUCCCGAUUCUUAUCGUGCCGGCGUGGCGAGCUUUUGCUACAUUCGAGUACUUCACAUGGCCGGAUUCUCUGGACGGAAUAUGGGGACUCGCAGUCAUGAUAUGGGUCGCACAUAUCAUCUCUUUGCUUUACGUCGACCAGAUCCCAUCGCAAAGUAAGAGCAGAAAGCAAUGGGAUAUGAAGGCGGCUUAUAAGCUUCUAUUCGAUGUUCGACAUUUGAGCGAUGGACCAGAGACCUCUCUUCCUGCCGUUUCUACAUCCAAGAGUACCUUGAUCGCUUUCGUGGCAUACCGUCUACUUAAGCUAAUCGCAUACUGGCUGCUUACUGUUCACCUGUUCACUCCCUUGAUACCAUUGGUAUUCGGACCCGUCGAGCCAUGGGAGUUCGAUCAGUACGCACAAACUUAUCUUCGUCGACUGCCGUUCUUCGAAGCCAUAGAGCCAGUGACGUUACGCGAAACAUGCAUUCGCGUCGUCUUCACUUUCCGCUGGAUCUGGCUCAGUUUCGUCGACAUCGAUGCUGCACACACUUUCCUGAGCAUCAUGUUCGUUGGACUUCUACAACUCGACUCGCCGGCAGAGUGGCCGCCAAUGUUUGGCAGUCCUUCUAAGGCCUUCACCAUUCGUCGCUACUGGGGAAGAUUCUGGCAUCGAUUAGUCCAUAAGCCUUACUUGAGCCUUGCAAAAAUUGUUGCAGGCAGACUUUGUGUCCCCAGUCUUGGUCACAGUGCUGAGAAAGUCUUUCUUGCCUUCCUGAUCUUCUUGAUCUCGGGUUUGGCUCAUGCUAUGGUUUCUUUGCAGCGAGGGAAACUUGUCGAAGCAGUGGAUGAUGUCGCCUUUUACUGCGUCAACUUCUUUGUCAUGGCUACUGAGGGAUGUGUUCUGGGUUCUGCAGGUCCGAUGAGAGGGCUUUUACCUCAAUGGUGCUGGAAGAUUAUUGGCUAUGUCUGGGUGUUCACAUUCUGGUUUUGGGUGGCACCGAAGUGGUCAUAUUCAGAAGUGCAUGGAGAGAUGCUCAAGGAGAUCGAGAGGCAAAAUAGAGCGCUGGGACUAGGAUUGUUUACAGGUUUGCUUGGUGGGGAGUAGACUAGUUGAGUGUAAAAUAUGUCGAAUUCGCACAGAUUUGUUUGAACAAUACUUACAACAUCAUCACUUCAAA